AAAAAAAAAAAAAAAGAAUCUGAAUAACACGUAAUGUGCCACGCGAAUGUGUAAGAAAUCGAAGAAUUUACAAAAAAAAACGUCGAAAAGAAGAAAGAAAAUUAAAAACAAGUAACAUAAAUUAACUCAAAGAUGUAAAGAUACACGCAUAAACACGUACGAUAAACCAUUAUACUUGGAAAACGAAACAGAGGUCGCCAACAUAUCCCAAUCAGUAAUUUAUUAAUUGACUGAAAUAUCAAAGUCUGGGUAACAUCUAGUUGAGAAUCACUGCAACGUCUUCUGCUGCACGUCAAUGCCCGAACUGUCAAGAUCGCUUGACCACUAUCCGCUAUCACCCGCAAUAAGCUUGUUCAGCGUCGGAGAUUAUUAUUUUUUCAUAAGAUAAAUUCGUGUGUAGCAUCUUGUGACGUAUUACAGACAGUGGUACCGCGCGAUUAGUCAGCGCCAGUCACUGACUAGCGCGGUACAUACCUUUGGAGCUGACGGACUGACGUCGUACUCGAGUGCAAAUGACUACAUGUCAAAGUCAGUGAGCGGCGUAUUUUAAGUGUUACUUUCUACCGGUGGAGCUGCGUUUCCUCCGAUUAAUCAAAAAUGCUGGCUCUCAUCAACCGGAUUUUGGAUUGGUUUAAGUCCCUCUUUUGGAAAGAAGAAAUGGAACUCACUCUUGUUGGAUUGCAGUACAGUGGGAAAACCACCUUCGUAAAUGUUAUAGCGUCAGGACAAUUCAGUGAGGAUAUGAUCCCGACUGUUGGUUUUAAUAUGCGUAAAAUAACAAAAGGCAAUGUAACUAUAAAAGUAUGGGACAUUGGAGGUCAACCAAGGUUUAGAUCCAUGUGGGAAAGAUAUUGUAGAGGAGUGAACGCAAUAGUAUAUAUGGUAGAUGCAGCUGAUUCUGAAAAAAUAGAAGCAAGCCGCAAUGAAUUACACAAUCUGUUAGAUAAACCUCAAUUAUCUGGUAUACCAGUACUAGUUCUUGGUAACAAAAGGGAUUUACCUCAUGCUUUGGAUGAAAAUGGACUUAUAGAAAGAAUGAAUUUAUCAGCUAUUCAAGAUCGUGAGAUCUGUUGCUAUAGCAUUUCGUGCAAAGAGAAAGACAAUAUUGAUAUAACAUUGCAGUGGCUUAUAGCACACUCUAGAAGUGGUGUUCGUUAAUACAUAUAAUCAGUUUAAGUAACAGUGCUGUUGUUCUAACUUAAAUCCAUCAAGAAAAAAUAGCAUUUAAUGGUUAAUGUAGAAAUGAUGAUAGCUAGUACGAAUACAAGCGCAAAAUAAUAUCGAUUAUCAUAUAGUACACAUUUUUGAAACUAUUUAAUUAAGAUUAAAUAGAUCACGGCAUAGAGAUUAUGAACAAUUGAUUGCUAUAUGUACACGAAUAUGAUGCUAAGUAAACUUGUAUAAUUAAUGGAGAAUUAUUAACAAUAUUAUAUCGAUUUAUUAUGAUCCUUAAAAUAUGACAGUUGUGUUAUGUAUAUACACACACCAUACGUACGCACCAUACACA